AUGUGGCAGACUUUAUCGACGAGCCCCCAGGAGUCUGUUCCCAUGAAACACUCAGAAGUUUAUUUUCCUUUAAAUGCAACUGUAGCUAUCCCAGUACCGGACGACGACUUUGUGGGGCCACAAAUGUGUUUAAACCAAAGCUACACGCGGCGGUCGUGUGGGCUGAUCUUCUGUCAGCCCUGGGAGCGCUGUGUGAAUGGGGAGUGUUACUGCAAACCUCCAUAUCUGUGUCCCACUCAGAACAACACAGCCAUCUGUGGACUAGACCGCCCCUACAGAUCCUACUGCCAUGUGAGUAACAAGAAUGAGUGA